AUGAAAGGAAAACCAUUCAAACAAGCUGAUGCUUUUCCAUAUUUCAAGGAAAUGUCAGAAAAGAAUGGUGGGUACAUUGAUGUUAAUGCAGUUUUUGAACAAUUAAAGCAAGAUCAUCCUGAAUUUACACUCGAUCUCCAGAAAGUUACAUCAUACGCAGCAAAUUACGCCAGAGACAAUGGAUGCAAAGUUGGGACAAACAAAUUAGCUCCAAAGAAAGAACCAAAGCAAGUAGAAAACGAAUUUACACCAGUUGAACCACAGUUCACAUUUGCUGAUGUCGGCGGACUUGACAAUCAGAAAAUGGCAAUCUACGGCUACUUAUCACAGUUCCUUGGCGCUCGUGCUCUUCAUAAAAGUAUCAAUGUUUCUCCAAUUUGCGGUAUUCUACUUCAUGGUCCUUCAGGAUGCGGAAAAACUCUUUUUGCUGAAGCAGCUGUUGGAGAAUUCGCAAGUAACGUCAAAUUUUUCAAAACAUCCGCUACAAACUUCUUCAGCGCACAAGGAGGCCAAGGAGAAGCUAAAAUCAGAGCAUUAUUCCAAGCAGCAAGUACAUCUCCCAAUUCUGUCAUCUUUAUUGAUGAUAUUGAUUUAUUAUCCGGAAACAAAACAUCGCAUUUAGCCGAACAGCUUGCCCAAUGCAUGGAUAACUGCAUUACCAGCAAAAACUACGUUUUCGUUAUCGGUGCCACUCAUAAAAUCGAAAAAUUACCAAAAUGCAUCCGAAACACCGCAAAAUUUACGAAAGAGAUUGCUAUUGGCAUUCCAGAUAAAGAAGGUCGUGCCGCCAUUCUCCAAGCUCUCAUCCACGACGUUAAAAAUUCUUCAGAUGUGAACAUCGACCAAAUUGCGACCGAAGCAGAAGGAUACGUUGGUGCAGACCUCAAUGCCUUAGUCAAAGAAGCCGGUUUCCUUGCUGUCCAGCGCGCAAUGGACAACAAUCAAGAAGACACCGAAAUUACGAACCAAGAUUACAUUUCCGCUAUAGAUCGUGUUCAACCAUCAUUACGCCGUGAAGGAUUCACCACCAACGUUGCUCCUGUCUCAUUCGACAAGAUCGGCGGCCUCGAGGAUGUCAAGAAAGAGCUUAGCACUGCAAUUAUUGAUGCCAUUGUGAUGCCAGACAUUUUCAAAGCUUAUGACCACAAACCAGCAUCAGGAAUCAUUUUGUAUGGACCUCCUGGCUGCGGAAAGACAUUGUUGGCAAGGGCAAUAGCACAUGAAGCAUAUAGAGCAGCAUUCAUAUCAGUUAAAGGUCCAGAACUUCUCAACAAAUACUUAGGAGAAAGUGAAUCCGCCAUCAGAGGAGUUUUUUCUCGCGCGAGAGAUUCAGCACCAUGCGUUAUUUUCUUUGAUGAAAUUGAUGCGAUAUGUCCACGCAGAUCCGAUGAUUCAUCGAACGCCGCAGCCUCACGUGUUGUUAACCAGUUACUUACUGAGAUGGAUGGACUUGUAGGAAGAGGACAAGUCUUCGUUAUUGGCGCAACAAACAGAUUGGAACUUGUUGAUGAAGCGAUGUUGAGACCAGGAAGAUUGGAUAAGAAAAUAGAAGUUCCUAAACCGGAUUUCAACGGAAGAUGCGAUAUUCUUCGCAAGAAAUUGGAAAGAAUAGUUUGCAAGAGGGAUGAUAUCGAUGUUGAAAGGAUUUCUGAAUUAACAGAUGGUUUCAGUGGUGCAGAAAUAGAUGCGUUAGUUACAGAAGCCGCUGAAUUCGCAAUAAACGAAAUGAAGAAGAAAAUUAAAGAAGAUUUACCAGAAUGCAAUGAUCCAACUGAAAUUAGCAAGGUUAUUGCACAGCGUAUUCGUGAGUUGUCUCCUGAUCAAUGGUGCCCUGUAACUCAGGAACACUUGUUAGCGGGAAAGGAUAAAAUUAUUGCCAAUAUGAGAAAAUAA